AUGAGGGCGGCGACCGGAGAGCAGCCGGCUGUGGCGGCCGAGGAGGCGGGCAGCGAUGGCCGCGGCGAGGCGGCGGGAGGCGGGCAGCCCUGGAAGAAAUUUGUUUAUGUCGAGCCAUCUAGGAGAGUUAAAGAAAUACUUGAAGAAGAGCUUUAUUUUCAGAAAGAAGCAUGCCAGGUUAAACAUCCAGCUGCAGUGGCUCUGGAAGGAAUUUGGAGUGUGAAAAAGAAUUUCUCCUUUGGAAGCCUGGCACCAGUGUCACAGAACAGAAACAGUUUACUUUUACAACCUCAGCUCUACUCAAGGCAUACAGGAAUGAAAACAAACGGGCAUGUAUCAUGAGAGAAGAGGUGGC